AUUGCUUCGUCGCAUGUUGAUGACGUUUCCAUUUUACCGAGGAAGUUUUGCUGGCUUCGCAGAUACAAUUUUCUCCCAAAAAGACACAUUUUCCCACUCAAACAGGUGAUUGAUUACGCUUGGUCUUUGUCAACUUAUUGUAACUCAUUGUCUUGGCUCCACUGCUCAUUAAGGUUUGGUCCUUAAUGGAGUAACUUUAGAGAUUGAGUGAGAUGACUGACCAGGGCAACAACAGCCAGAACAUCUCCUGUAACCCUUUCGCUGCCCUCUUCUGUUCAGUGGCUGAUGCCAAGCAGUUUGCGUCAGGACAGAAACCAGAUCAGCCACCAUUGGAGGAUUCAGGUGAGAGCCAGUCCGAGUCGGAGAACUCCGUGUCAGACAGCGUCGACGAUAAUGACGACUCUCUGGCAGAGAUCAGUCGUUCCUUCCGCUCUCGACAGGAGCUGUGUGAACAGCUCAAUGUCAACCACAUGAUCCAGAGAAUAUUCCUAAUUACAUUGGACAACAGUGAUCCGAGUCUUAGAGGAGGAAAUGGGAUCCCUGCUCGCUGUGUGUACCUGGAAGAAAUGGCAGCGGAUCUGGAUGGACAAGACUGGUUGGACAUGAAUAAUAUAGAACAGGCUUUAUUCAGCCGUCUGCUGCUGCUCGAGCCAGGAAACCAUCUUAUCUAUAUGACCUCCUGUAGCGCUGUUAACCUCUCUGCUGACCGUGACGCCGGAGAGAAAUGUGCGAUCCCUUCUUAUGCUAGCUACCAGCGGGCCAAAGAAGAGGUGACAAAGGUACCAGAGAAGCUGCUGGCAUUUGCAAUUCAUUGUAAGAACUUGACCAUCUCAAACACAAGGACAGUUUUACUCACCCCAGAGAUCUACAUCAGCCAAAAUAUUUAUGAACAGCUCCUGGAUCUGCUGCUUGAAGGAGUUAGUGGAACAGAGCCUGAAAAAGUGUUUGAGUUUGUGGAAGAGGUCAUUGCUGGCCUGCUCUCUGACCAGGAGGUGCGUACCUUUGAGGAGGUGAUAGUACCAGUGUUGGAAAUCUUCUACGGACGUGUCAAAGACUUGGACUUGUGCCAGCCUCUUCUGUACCGUUACCUUGAUGUUCUCCUCUAUUUCACCCACCAGAAGGACAUUGCCAAGGUAUUAGUGGAACACAUUCAGCCCAAAGACCUAGCCAGCGGCUUGCAGUACCAGAAAAGCCCACUUGGGGCAGUUUUGAGUAUCUCCUGCCUGUUGAAAACUCCAGGUGUGGUGGAAGGUCACAGCUACUUCCUCAAUCCCUCACGCUCCAGCGCCCAGGAGACAAAAGUCCAGGAAGCAAACAUCCAUCAGUUUAUGGGCCAGUUUCAUGAAAAGCUGCAUCAGAUUUUGAAAAACUUGCUUCAGCGGCCUGGUGAGACGCGGCACUUGCUGCUCUCUUGGUUGGGCAACUGUCUGCAUGCUAAUGCUGGUCGUGCCAAGAUCUGGGCGAAUCAGGUGCCGGAGAUUUUCUUCCAGAUGUAUGCGUCUGAUGCAUUCUUCCUAAAUUUGGGUGCAGUACUGCUGAAGCUUUGCCAGCCUUUCUGCCGGCCACAUUCACCUAAACUGCUCACCUUCAACCCUUCUUACUGUGUGCUCAAAGAAUUGAGUGAAGAAGAACGACAAACUCGCAGUGUGCAUGCAAGAGGUCUUGACAAGGAAACCUGUCUGAUCCCUGUGCCCCCGCAGCAGCCACUGGACUCUUCGCAGUCUUACAGUCUUCUUACUGAAAACCUCAUCUUCACACAACUUGCGCUCCAUCUCGGCUUCCACAGACUUCAUGAACAGAUGGUGAAGAUGAACCAGACUCUGCACCGGCUCCAGGUUACGUGGCAGGAUGCUCAGCGGACAGGCAACCCGAUGUCAGAGCAGCUCUUGGAGCAGUUUGAACGACUGAUGGUUAUUUAUCUGUCCACUAAAGCUGCUGUGACGCAGCCGACAAUGCUGCAAUGCUGCCUGAACCUCCAAGCUUCCACUGCUGCUCUGCUGGUCCAGUUUGCUGUGGGAAACCAGGGGCCGGAAUAUGUAGCGCUCACUUUUCCCUUGGACUCGCUGCAGGAUACAGUGCUGUGCUAUGUACCAGAAUUUUUUGCAGAGAGCUUGGGAGAUUUUUUCAUCUUCCUCCGCCGAUUUGCGGACGAUGUUUUGGAGACAUCUGCUGAAAAUCUGGAACAGAUUCUAAACUUCAUCACUGUCUUCAUGGGCAAUGUAGAGAGGAUGAAGAAUCCUCACCUAAGAGCGAAGCUGGCUGAGGUCUUGGAAGCUGUAAUGCCACACAUGGAGCUGUUGUCCCCCAGUGCUGCUCAGCCAAUCAUGUUCCAGCGAGAGAGAGUCUUCUGUACCUACAGACAUGCACCUCAGCUGGCAGAGGCCCUCAUCACUGUGUUUGUAGACAUUGAAUUCACAGGUAAUCCUCACCAAUUUGAGCAAAAAUUCAACUACAGAAGACCCAUGUAUCCCAUCCUUAAGUACAUGUGGGGUAAAGAUACCUACAGAGAGAGUAUCAAGCACUUGGCAGACUAUGCAUAUGAGAACCUGGAGGCCAUGAAUCCCCCUCUGUUCCUCAGGUUCCUCAACUUACUGAUGAAUGAUGCCAUCUUUCUACUGGAUGAAGCCAUUCAGUACCUGAGUAAAAUCAAAAUUCUACAGCUGGAGCGAGAUCGGGGGGAGUGGGAAGGCCUAGCAAAUGAAGCCCGAAGGGAGAAGGAGUCAAGCCUGCAGAUGUUUGGACAGCUUGGACGCUUCCACAACAUCAUGUCCAACGAAACCAUUGGCACGCUGGCUUUCCUCACCUCAGAGAUCAAAGGAGUCUUUGUGCACCCCUUUGUGGUUGAAAGGAUCAUUUCCAUGCUCAACUACUUUCUGCAGCACCUUGUGGGUCCUAAGAUGGGUGCCCUUAAGGUCAAGGACUUCAGUGAGUUUGACUUCAAGCCACAGCAGCUGGUUUCUGACAUCUGUACCAUCUACCUCAACCUUGGCAAUGAGGAAAAUUUCUGUGCUACAGUCCCCAAGGAUGGACGUUCGUACUCUCCUACCCUCUUCUCUCAGACGGUUAGGGUACUGAAGAAGAUAAACAAGCCUGGGGACACGAUUGUGGCUUUUGGGCUCCUUGCUGACAAAAUAAAGUCUCAUGCAGACAGACACCAGCAGGAAGAAGAAACAUAUUCAGAUGCUCCAGACGAGUUCUUGGACCCCAUCAUGUCCACUCUGAUGCUGGACCCUGUUCUUCUCCCUUCAUCCAGUGUAACAGUAGACCGGUCGACUAUAGCAAGGCAUCUACUCAGUGACCAGACAGACCCUUUCAAUCGCAGUCCUCUUACCAUGGACCAGAUUAGGCCAAAUGAUGAACUGAAGGAGCGGAUCUUACAGUGGCUGGAAAAGCACAAGCAGAAGAGGUUACAGCUGGGACCGAGUGGUUAGCAUUGAUCUCUUACUGUGACAAACAAUGACUCUAGUUCUUUUUUGUUUUUGUUCCCGUGGCCCACAUCCAGUGUGCCCAUCUGCUUCUUAACUAAUCCACAGUGUACUUACCACUGUGGAUUUCUUCAAACUCUUCCAGUUUUACUAACUUGCCUUUCAUAUUCAAAGGAUUAUUUCAGUUUGUGAUGUCAGUCCAUGCUAAGUCUAACCUACACCUCUGCUGUUGAGGUUGGAACAUCUGCUUCUUCUCCCUGAAUGCUGUGUAUUGUUGCUUCUUAUAUUCACAGCAGCUCAGUUGGAAUGUUAUUGUAUUAUAUCAACUUCUGACUGACCUGCUGUCCAAAACAAGCUUUUAUACCACAAGGUAAGUAUUUUUGGAAACUGUGAUUGUGGAAUAUAGGAAAUGUACUGCAUUUCUAUUACACAUUUCCAUGUGAUGCAGACAUUCAGAGUGCUUAACAAUGAUGCGUCACCUUCUAUUCACACACACACAUCGAUGCCAGGGUGCUACCAUGCGCGAUAGCUCACCUGCACACCGGAUGCAACUUGGGGAUUAGGGAGCUUGCUCAAGGCCACCUUACUGAUUUUCCUGUCGGAUUAUAAAAUUGAACCAAAGACCCUCUGCUCACAUGCCAUUGAGAGACAUGAAUGGGUUUCUUUGAGUUAAUGUGUCCAUCAUCAUAGAAAUUCUGUACAGCUUUAUUUUUAAUCAUACGUGACUGAAAAAAAAUGGUGUUGAACAUGCAAAAACAAAAUUCACUGAUCUGUAAAUACGCUUUCAGCUGUGUGUGUAAAUGAAAACUCAGAAAGACCA